AUUUUUCUUCACUCACAAGUCUCCAUCAAGGCCAGUUGGAAAAAUAGCUAGGAGGAGAGGGGGGGACAAAAUAAGAAGACAAAUACAAUCAAUAUUCAUCUACUAAUAUUGGUGAGUUAUAAGUUAGAAGAGAAAUUUGGUGUUGGGAUGGGAAUGAGGAAUAAUGAUAAGGAUAAAAUAGUGAAGAAUGGUGGUGGGGUGAAGAGGAAGGGGCUGUGGUCGCCGGAGGAGGAUGAGAAGUUGAUGAAUUACAUGGUGAGAAAUGGGCAAGGGUGUUGGAGCGACAUAGCAAGAAACGCGGGGCUGCAGCGCUGCGGGAAGAGCUGCCGUCUGCGUUGGAUAAACUAUCUCCGGCCUGAUCUCAAGCGCGGCGCCUUCUCCCCUCAGGAGGAGCAUCUUAUCAUCCAUUUGCAUUCCAUUCUUGGCAACAGGUGGUCUCAAAUUGCAGCACGCCUCCCAGGAAGGACCGACAAUGAGAUCAAGAACUUUUGGAAUUCAACAAUCAAAAAGAGGUUAAAGAACACAACCACGUCAUCGUCUCCAAACAACAGCGACUCCUCGGACCACGCCAACAUGGUCGGAGGGGGCCCGGUGUUCAUGCAAGAGUACGAGGCAGCUGGUGUCUGCAUGGAUUCCUCAUCUACGGCCACCCAAUUCGGAAACCCCUUCAACCCUAAUCACCACCUCAUGGUCAUGGAUCAGCAGCACAACAACAGCAUAUUCAACUUAAACGGCGUCGUUCCGAUGUUCAAUUUGCCAAAUGAGGUUGGUACGGAAAACCUAGCGGGUGCGAUGGCGGCCCUAAAUGACCUUUCUGCCCCUGGAUUGGAAGUUUCCAAUUAUGAAAGUGUCAACAAUGCCCAUUAUCUUAGUAACACUUACAAUAAUAAUAAUAAUAAUAAUAUUAAUGAUGAUGGGAGCAUCAAACUAGAGGAAUUGGAUUGGGAGGGUUUGUUGGCUAAUGUCUCUUCCUUACCUCACCUUGAUUUCCAUCUUCAAUAACCCUCCUAUUUCUCUCUCUCAAACAAAGGAAUCCAUCCAAUUCUCUACCCCAAUUUUAUUUGGCCUUUUUCUUGUUUGUUUUUUGUGGUUCAAUAAAUACCUUGAAGAUAUUAUAGGCAAUGUUGGAGGUGUACAUUUUCAUGUGUGCAAAAGUGGGUAGCUAGGAUUGAGACACGUCACUCCGGGAGAUCAAUGCGAACCAAAUGUGAAUAGUCGAAAUGAAUUUGUCAGGACGUUAAAUAAAUAAAUAAAGGAUCGAAUUUAAUUGUAUUAUUAGCAUUUUGUAUAGAUGGAUCAAGAAAUUGUUAGCACAUAUAUAUGGAGAAGUGUAUAGUUUAAGAAUAAUGAGAUUGUAUUUAGAUGCUAGCAUAAUUUCUUCGAACUUUGUUACUAUAUAGUAGUAUUAGUUUUAAUUCCUUGAUUUUUAUUCUCUUUUAUCAAUGAAUUCAUAUCUUGUUAA